CAACCCCCCAUCCCGCAACGCCGCUGUCACCUCAAGCCCGUUCCCUCGAAAACAGACAACUCGUGCCGUCAGGGUAACCUACGUGGUCGUCGAAGAUCCAAGAAAAGAUACGUCGAUACCCGACCUGUCUCCAUUCGUUGGUCUUCUUCUUCGUCGUCGUCAUCUCUACACGACACAACACGUUUUCCUGGUCUUUUCGAGGCUCCCUACCCAUUCUACCUACUCUACCCACUCUACCACUACCUCCAUCUCCAUCUCUCUCUUCCUCUCCCCACCUCUUCUCCCAUCCAUUCCCGCGUCCCAUUCUACCCACACCAUCCCCAUCCCCGUCCCACGCCGUACCAACGCCGCGAGACGACUACUCUACGCCAUGUCUGCCAGAGCUUCUGCCGCAAUGAGCGUUGCCAACGACGAGGUUGCCUCCCAGGCUUCCGCAACUGAAUCUGGUACGUAUGAUGCGAUGCAUCUUCCCCUUGAUUUCCUUUUCUACCUGCAUCUCUCCCAACCUGGAGCGUGCUUUGACCCAUAUCGCGUACCCAAAUACUCCGUCCCGCUUCUCAUUCAUAACUCAUCAUGCCACCUCUUCCGCUUCCGCGUUCACCUUCGCUUCCGGCACCUUUUCUUUUCCCUGUGACGCGUUGGGGACGCGUUUCUCUUAGACUCCAUGGAAACAUUCGAUUUCUAUCGACGUCCUCUGGCGUUUCUUUCUUUACACGUCGUCUGCCUAUGGCCUUUCAACUUCCCAUCUACCAGACCUCCUUCGUUCCUCUAACUUACUCUUUACAGGUGGUGUCCCAAUCUCCGGCUUCGCAGAGCUCACUUUGGAUGAUGAGGAGGCCGUCGAAGUCAAAUCAACACCCUCGGGUCGUUACUCUGCCAGCAAGACCAAGUCUAAGGGCUAUUCGCCAAGUUCUGAUCGGUGAGAAUUCCUUGUUCUAAUCCCCUCGCUCAUGGAAUGACAGGCUGACAGGCAAAGCUACCGCCCACCUUUCGUUUUGAAAGGCAAUCAAGCUUUGGAUGAUGAUCCAUUCUCAUCGCCGACUCGUCGUGUUGGUUCUCAGGCCGCAGAAUCUAACCAACGCACCCCAACUGGCCCCCGUACUAAGCAUGGCGCUGCCAAGGAGGACUGGCGAACUGCUUCGAACUCCGACUCUGAUGCUGAAAUCUCUUCCCCAACCCGUGACAAGGCCGAGAGAAGCACCAAGCGCGGUAACAAGUCUCCAGGACCCAAGAGCUCAUUGGUUAUCCAGGAGUAUGUUUCGGAGAGCCCUGGAAGCGAGUGCGCUGCAUAUGGUACAAUCAAUACUGAAAAUGCUCAAUCUGUCUUUCCCCCAUCGUGCUGUGUUUUCGUAGCAAAGUAAGCAUUCUCGCCUCUUCUUCAAUUACGCCUCACUAAUGAUUUCCAGUCUUCUUCAAUCCGAAAGCGAGGAGAGCCUACAGGUUGCUGUCACACAAGUCUUCCGCGAAUUUGGGCCAGUCUACGUCAAGAUUCGACGUGACGCCAAGCACAUGCCCUUCGCAUUUUGCCAGUACACCGUAAGUGAUGUGCCCCUAAUUUCUGCGAUCAAAAGCUAACCGAGACCCAAAGAACCCAGAAGAUGCAGAGCGCGCCAUUCGGGAAGGUCGAGGAAGCCUCAUCAAGGGUCGUCCUUGUAGGUGCGAGAAGGCAAAAGCACAUCGUGAGUCAUCACCAUUCAGCACCCCAGAACGCAUUGCUCAAGGCUUCGAAGGCUUGUUUUAUGUCGAGCGCAAAUAUGGUACCGCAGUCUCCCCCAAAGAGGUCCGAGAACUUCUUGAAGGCUUCGGCGCUAUCACUGUGUGCUACACGGCCUCAAAUGUUGAGCGCAGCUCUCUAAACUUCAACGAGGGUGUGAUUGUCGAGUUUGAAAUGUACGAUGAAGGUCAAGCUGCAUUUGCUGUGAGUUUUAAAGAGCCCCCUUCCGGAUCCAUUGUACUUAAAAUCUUGACAAUAGGCAUUUCGAAACCAUGACUUGUACAAGAUCCAUGCUAUUGCCGGUAUAGCCUCACCAACCAAGCCGCAGAAGAGUCCAGCAAGUUCCGCGGAUCGUGUCUACCUUGAAAACUAUGAAAAUGACAGAUGCUCUAUUUUCAUUGGAAAUCUUCCGGUCGGCACAACCGAGGCACAAGUCACACAACUCUUUGAGCAUUAUGGUGCCAUUGAAAACAUCAUGCUUCGUGAAGCACAAUCAAAAUAUUCGGGUAUGUGUAUCUUUCUUUUAUCUCCGGAUCCAUGCUAACUAUAGAUAGCCCAAGAGAAAUUUUGCUUCGCCUUCGUCAAGUUUACCUCCCCCAUUUCUGUUACUCGCGCUAUUCCUGGCAAGGUGAGUUUGUCCCCAAGAACUCCCAGAUGUUGUUUCUCAUUAGUGGCAGAAUGGCUUCAGCUUCGGUGGCAAGAUCCUUCGAGUCUCACAAAAGGACCCCUUUGGUGCAGCUCAGAAGAGUCGUGCUUCGCACAACCGUGAAUCUUCCACCGGUUCGUUUCAGUCACCUAUUCACCGAAAUCGCAAUAAUUCAACAGCUUCUGCGAUGGCACAGAUGUCACCAGCCCAGUUUGGCUCUCCAUAUGGCACCCAAUUCAAUCCAUUUUACGGAACUCCAAGUACCGGUACGCUGUUCACUGAUGGUAAUGGCCAAUUUUACACUAGUCCAUCUACAGCUCCGGCAUACUCUUCCGGAUAUGGUGCCACAUUUUCUCCCUUCGGAUAUUCCCUCGCCGGCAGUCCAGCUUACACCACUCAAGCAUCGUCGUCAGGCACAUCUGGCAGUCCGGGUCAUCAACAACCAUACUACUCGUUCGGCUACCCAUACAAUUACGCUGCUAGUGGCAUUGCCCCGGCACCGAGUUACGGAAUGUACGCACCAUCUCAACACGGCUCAUCUAUUGCGCCCUUGUAUCCAUCCGACUACUCUCCUGCAACCAUGACCGGCAGUCCUAGUACGACUCUAGGCCCAAAGGAGCGUUCAUCCACACCGAAUUCUGUCAGUCAUGCUACAACUGAUGAGCUCCGCUAACCUGGUUAUGUGUUUGUGGAGUAUCAUACUUACAUGUGACUUGUUCAAUUGUAUGUCAGUUGCACUUCAUCGAGAUGUUUUGUUGGAUGCGGUUCUUUGAUACCCCGGCUGUACUAAGUUUUUCUGUUCUUGUUAAAGCAUCUAUCUUCACGAUGUCAGAAAAUCCGUGUAAAUGUCUACAUUUGAUCUUUUAUUUCAACUUCUGAUAGCUGGUCCCUAGCUCCAUGUAAUCUUGCUCCGUGGGACAAGAUAGACAUAGGAUAGAGGUCUUCACAGUUACAUAUACUUGCUCUCGUGUACGUAGAUCAGGUAGAUAGAUUUCAG